GCGGCGGCGGCGGAACGGGGAGCGGGCGGCGGGAGUGGGGGUGGGGCCGGCAUGGACGUUUCGGGGCAGGAAACCGAUUGGCGGAGCGCCGCCUUCCGGCAAAAGCUGGUCAGUCAAAUCGAGGAUGCCAUGAGGAAGGCUGGCGUAGCCCACAAUAAAUCCAGCAAAGACAUGGAGAGCCAUGUGUUCCUGAAGGCCAAGACCCGGGACGAAUACCUCUCCCUCGUGGCCAGGCUCAUUAUCCACUUUCGAGACAUUCAUAACAAGAAAUCUCAAGCUUCUGUCAGUGAUCCUAUGAAUGCUCUGCAGAACCUGACUGGUGCCCCUGCCACUGGAGCCACAGGAAUCAGCAUGGCAGCUCGGGGUCCAGGGCAGUCCCUGGGUGGAAUGGGAGGCCUUGGAACCAUGGGGCAGCCACCUCCAGGAACCUCCGGAAUACCCCCCCACAGCAUGACUGUAGUGUCCACAGCAACUCCGCAGACUCAACUGCAGCUCCAGCAGGUGGCGCUGCAGCAGCAGCAGCAGCAACAACAGUUCCAGCAGCAGCAGGCAGCGCUCCAGCAACAGCAACAACAACAGUUCCAGGCACAGCAGAACGCCAUGCAGCAGCAAUUCCAGGCUGUGGUGCAACAGCAGCAGCAACAGCUCCAGCAGCAGCAGCAGCAGCAGCAGCACCUGAUCAAACUGCAUCAUCAGAACCAGCAACAGAUACAGCAGCAGCAACAGCAGCUACAGCGCAUGGCACAGCUACAGCUGCAGCAGCAGCAGCAGCAGCAGCAGCAGCAACAGGCCCUGCAGGCCCAGCCGCAGAUGCAGCAGUCACCAAUGCAGCAGCCGCAGCCCCCACCCACCCAGCAGCUGCCACAGCAACUGCAACAAAUGCAUCACCCACAACACCACCAGCCACCACCACCCCAGCAGCCACCAGUUGCUCAGAAUCAACCACUGCAGCUGCCACCACAGACCCAGUCCCUGGCAUCCCAGGCAUCAGCCCUGCCAGGACAGAUGCUGUACGCACAGCAGCAGCUGAAACUGGUCCGAGCACCAAUGGGUGUGCAGCAGCCGCAGGUGCAGCCGCAGGUGCAGCCGCAGACCACAGUUCAGACACCUCAGGCGGCCCAGAUGGUUGCUUCUGGAGUCCAGAUGAUCACUGCAACCAUGGUCCAAGGCGGUAUGCAAGUGAGAGCCCGGUUCCCGCCCAAUUCUGCUGUGUCGGCCACACCACCUGGCUCCCUUCCAGUGGGCGGACAGCCCCCAGCUCAGGUCAGCCAGAAUGGCCUCCCCAUGCUGUCCUCACCAUCACCAGGCCAGCAGGUGUCCACCCCCCAGUCAAUGCCACCGCCUCCACAACCAUCUCCACAGCCUGGCCAGCCCAGCUCCCAGCCCAACUCCAAUGUCAGCUCCGGUCCUGCCCCGUCCCCCAGCAGCUUCCUGCCCAGCCCCUCACCUCAGCCUUCCCAGAGCCCAGUCACUGCACGCACCCCUCAAAACUUCAGCGUCCCUUCACCUGGACCUCUGAACACCCCAGUGAACCCCAGCUCGGUCAUGAGUCCUGCCAGCUCCAGCCAGGCCGAGGAGCAGCAGUACCUGGACAAGCUGAAGCAGCUUUCCAAGUAUAUUGAGCCUCUGCGACGCAUGAUCAACAAGAUCGACAAGAACGAAGACAGAAAAAAGGACCUGAGUAAGAUGAAGAGCCUUCUGGACAUCCUGACAGAUCCCUCCAAGCGGUGCCCCCUGAAAACACUGCAGAAAUGUGAGAUCGCCCUGGAGAAGCUCAAGAAUGACAUGGCCGUGCCCACACCCCCACCGCCCCCGGUGCCACCAACCAAGCAGCAGUACCUGUGCCAGCCACUCCUGGAUGCUGUCCUGGCCAACAUCCGCUCUCCUGUCUUCAACCACUCCCUGUACCGCACGUUCAUGCCACCCAUGGCAGCCAUCCAUGGCCCACCCAUCACGCUUCCCACAGUGUGCACCAGGAAACGCAAGUUUGAAGAGGACGAGCGGCAGAGCAUCCCCAAUGUGCUACAGGGAGAGGUGGCUCGGUUAGACCCCAAGUUCCUGGUGAACUUGGAGCCUUCUCACUGCAGCAACAGUGGCACGGUUCACCUGGUCUGCAAGCUGGAUGACAAGGACCUCCCGAGUGUGCCACCAUUGGAGCUCAGCGUGCCUGCUGACUACCCUGCUCAGAGCCCGCUCUGGGUCGACCAGCAGUGGCAGUAUGAUGCCAACCCUUUCCUACAGUCAGUGCACCGAUGUAUGACCUCACGACUGCUGCAGCUCCCCGACAAGCACUCAGUCACGGCCCUGCUCAACACGUGGGCACAGAGUGUCCACCAGGCCUGUCUCUCAGCUGCAUAG